AUGAGUGAUACUAUUGCUAGCUUGAACGAACCAAAGGUUCAGUGCUUAGUGCUUGAUGCUACACCUCUUAUAACGCAACAUGUCUCCACAUUACAACAACAUGCUAAACAAUUUUAUACAACUCCAACAGUUUUCAAAGAAAUUAGAGAUGAAACUGCAAGACGUAAUUUGGAAUUAUGGGGUGAAAAUUUAAUUCAAAGACAUCCAAAACCUGAAUUUAUUAAAAAAGUUAGUGAUUUUGCUAAAUUAACUGGUGAUUUCCAAGUUUUAAGUGCUAAUGAUAUUCAUAUUAUUGCAUUAACUUAUGAAUUAGAAUGUGAAUUAAAUCAUGGUGAUUGGAGAUUAAGAAAAUAUCCUGGUGAAGUUUUACAAUUUAAUAAAUCUAAGAAAUCUGCUGAAGCGAGUGAAUCAAAAGAAAAUGAUGUUAAAGAAGAUCCAAUACAGAAUAAUGAUAAUUUGGAAGAAUCAAAAGAAGAAUCUAAAGAAUCAAAUGAAGAACCACAACCAGAAGUUAAAAAGAAACAAAGACGUAGAGGUGGUAAGAAACAAAGAGCUAAAAGAGAAGCAGCAUUACAAGCAGAAUUAGAUGAUGAAGAACAAUCACAACAAUCUCAAGAACAAUCUCAAGAUGAUACACUAACAGAAACCACUAAUAAAUUAGAAUCAUUAAACAUUAAAGAAUCAAAUGAAUCAUCAAAUCAAGAAUUAACUCAAGAUUAUGAUGAUGAAGAAGAUGAUGGAGAUUGGAUUGAUCAAGAUAAUUUAUUACAAGAAAUGAUUAAAGAUAGUGGAGAAAAAAUUGAAAAACAAACAGAAUCUAUAACAAAAAUUAAAGUUGCACUUUCAACUCAAGAUUUUGCAUGUCAAAAUGUUUCAUUACAAAUUGGAUUAAAUUUAAUGAAUACAUUAUCAGGAUUACAAAUUAAAAGAGUUAGAAAUUAUAUGUUAAGAUGUUAUGCAUGUUUCCGUAUUGUUCCAUUCCCUAAGGAUGGUAAACCAAAACAUUUUUGUUCUUAUUGUGGUGGUCAAACAAUUUUAAGAUGUGCAGUUAGUGUUGAUGCAAGAACUGGUGAAGUUACACCACAUUUAAAAGCAAAUUUUGAAUGGCAUAAGCGAGGUGAUCGUUAUUCAAUUGCUUCACCAUUAAGUAAAAAUUCACAAAAAAGAUUAGGUAAAAAAGGUUUUGUUCAUAAUAAAUCAAAUAAACAAAAAGAAUAUCAAGAACCAAUUUUAAGAGAAGAUCAAAAAGAAUAUUCAAAAGCUAUUAAAGAUGAUGAUUGGUUAAGAAGACAAAAUGAAAAAGUCUUGAAUGAUUGGAUUGGUGGUGGUAGUGCAGAUAAUGUUAUUUCACCAUUUUCUGCUCAAGGUUUUAGAUCAAGUGGUGUUAAAGUUGGUAAAGGUAGAUUUGUAAAUUCUUCAAGAAGAAGAUGA